AUGAAGAUCAUUGUAUAUUUUUGCAUUUGGGCAGUAGCAUGGGCCAUUCCAGUCCCUCAAAUCAAGCCGUUGGAGAGACAUGCUGUUGACAAAACUGUGAAUUUAAAUCUUCUAGCAAAAUCAAAAGUGCCAAUACAGGAUGCAUUAAAUGCCAAUGAUACCACCAAAGAAAGUGGUGGCCUCAUGCAUGAAAAUGAUCGAGAAAGGCAACAGGAUAUCCAAGAUGGUUACAAAGGAGAGAGAAAUGGUUCUGAGUGGGCAGAGGUGGGAGGGAAAAGUUCUUCUACAGGUUCCGUGUUAGUAAAUGAAAAGGUGAAUACAGAGGAUCUAAAGGGGGGCACAGGAAAACCAGAAACAUACGACCAGGAUGGGAUCCAAGGACAAGAAGACAGCAUCACUGCAAACGGCCUCAGGGGACAAGUAAGCAUCAUCCACGAUGCUGGAGCAGCAAAUGGGAGCCAUAUUGAUGGGAUUACUGAGAACAAUUCCCAAAAUGCAGGUGUUGGAAAUACAAGUCAAAGUGAGGACGCCACUGUUGUCCAAGAAGAUGGACAUCAAGUAGCUGGAAGCAGUAAUAGUACAGGUCAGGAGGCGGAAAUCAAUGGGAAUUCCUGUAGAAAUGGGGCUGACACAAGUGAAACAACACCUCAGAGAGACGAGAGAAAUGGGAAUGAGGAGGCAGGGGUAUUGCCAGGGGGGAGUGGAGCUGGAAAUGGAGAAGAUGUUGGUUUGGAUAAUUUUGAAGGAAGUCCUAGUGGGAAUGGAGCAGAUGAAGAUGAAGACAAGGGCUCCGGUGAUGAUGAAGGUAAAGAAAUAGGGACUGGAGAAAAGGGUAGUGAUACCAGCAAGGGCCAGGAGGGUCAGUCUCAUGGAGAAGAGGAUGAUGAGGAUAAUAGCUUAGGUCAAAAUUCAGUUAGUAGUGAAGAUGAUGGCCCUGGGGACAAAGAAGACGCCCAUGUCAUUGAUGGAGACAACAUCUCCAAGAGUGAGGAAGAUUCUGCCGGUAUUCCAGAAAACAAUGAUAGCCAGAAAACAGAGGAUACUCAAAAACCCAGUCACAGAGAAAACAAAGCUGUGGAAAACAGAAUCACUGAAAAGUCAGAGCCACCUGCUAUUGGGAAGAGCCACGAUAAGGGAAUGGAAAUGGAAAGUCCCAGCAGUGGUCACAGAAACAAUGUUACCAAAGAAGCUGGGAAAGUGAAUGAAGAUAAAGAGAGUAAAGGCCAACAUGGAAUGAUUGUGGGCAAAGGAAACGUCAAGAGACAAGGAGAGAUUGACAUUAUACAAGGAGCUGGCCAGAAACUGGAAUCUGGAAAUAAGCUUGGACCCAGCAAAACACACAGUGACAGUAACAGUGAUGGAUAUGACAGUUAUGAGUUUGACGGUGAAUCCAUGCAAGGAGAUGAUCCCAACAGCAGUGAUGAGUCUAAUGGCAGUGAUGAUGCCAAUUCUGAAGGUGAUAAUAAUCACAGCAGCCGAGGAGAUACUUCUUAUAACUCUGAUGAAUCAAAUGACAAUGGCAAUGACAGUGGCUCAAAAGGAGAUGAUGAUGGUAGUGAUGACACAUCAGAUGCUAAUGGUAAUGAUAGUGAUGGCAAUGAUAACAAUGGAGGUGAUGCCAAUGGCAAAUCAGGCAACAGCAAAGAUACAUCAGACAGCAGCGACAGCAGUGACAGUGACAGUAAAUCAGACAGUGACAGCAGUGACAGCAGUGACAGCAGCGACAGCAGCGACAGCAGUGACAGUAAAUCAGACAGUGACAGCAGUGACAGCAGUGACAGCAGCGACAGCAGUGACAGUAGUGACAGCAGUGACAGUAAAUCAGACAGUGACAGCAGCGACAGCAGCGACAGCAGCGACAGCAGUGACAGUAGUGACAGCAGUGACAGCAGUGACAGUAAAUCAGAUAGUGACAGCAGUGACAGCAGUGACAGGAGCGACAGCAGCGACAGCAGUGACAGUGACAGUAAAUCAGACAGUGACAGCAGUGACAGCAGUGACAGCAGCGACAGCAGUGACAGUAGUGACAGCAGUGACAGCAGUGACAGUAAAUCAGAUAGUGACAGCAGUGACAGCAGUGACAGCAGCGACAGCAGCGACAGCAGUGACAGUGACAGUAAAUCAGACAGUGACAGCAGUGACAGCAGUGACAGCAGCGACAGUAAUGACAGCAGUGACAGCAGUGACAGCAGUGACAGCAGCGACAGCAGCGACAGCAGUGACAGUGACAGUAAAUCAGACAGUGACAGCAGUGACAGCAGUGACAGCAGCGACAGUAAUGACAGCAGUGACAGCAGUGACAGCAGUGACAGCAGCGACAGCAGCGACAGCAGUGACAGUAAAUCAGACAGUGACAGCAGUGACAGCAGCGACAGUGACAGUAAAUCAGACAGUGACAGCAGUGACAGCAGCGACAGCAGCGACAGCAGUGACAGUAAAUCAGACAGUGACAGCAGUGACAGCAGCGACAGCAGCGACAGCAGUGACAGCAAAUCAGACAGUGACAGCAGUGACAGCAGCGACAGCAGUGACAGCAGUGACAGCAGUGACAGUGACAGUAAAUCAGACAGUGACAGCAGUGACAGUAGUGACAGCAGUGACAGCAGUGACAGCAGUGACAGCAAAUCAGACAGUGACAGUAGUGACAGCAGUGACAGCAGUGACAGCAGUGACAGCAGCGACAGUAGUGACAGCAGUGACAGCAGCGACAGCAGUGACAGUAGUGACAGCAGUGACAGCAGUGACAGCAGUGACAGCAAAUCAGACAGUGACAGUAGUGACAGCAGUGACAGCAGUGACAGCAGUGACAGCAGCGACAGUAGUGACAGCAGUGACAGCAGCGACAGUAGUGACAGCAGUGACAGUGACAGUAAAUCAGACAGUGACAGCAGCGACAGCAGUGACAGCAGUGACAGCAGCGACAGCAGCGACAGCAGUGACAGCAGUGACAGCAGUGACAGCAGCGACAGCAGUGACAGCAGUGACAGUGACAGUAAAUCAGACAGUGACAGCAGCGACAGUAGUGACAGUAGUGACAGCAGCGACAGCAGCGACAGCAGUGACAGCGACACUAAAUCUGACAGUGACAGCAGCGACAGCAGCGACAGCAGCGACAGCAGUGACAGCAGUGACAGCAGCGACAGUAGUGACAGUGACAGUAAAUCAGACAGUGACAGCAGUGACAGUAGUGACAGCAGCGAUACUAGUGACAGCAAUGAUAGCGACACUAAAUCCGACAGUGACAGCAGCGACAGUAGUGACAGCAGCGACAGCAGCGACAGCAGCGACAGUAGUGACAGCAGUGACAGCAGUGACAGCAGCGACAGUAGUGACAGUGACAGUAAAUCAGACAGCGACAGUAGUGACAGCAGUGACAGCAGCGACAGCGACCCUAAAUCCGACAGUGACAGCAGCGACAGCAGCGACAGCGAGAGCAAGCCUGGUAAUGGCAACAACAAUGGAGGUAGUAGCGACAGUGAUAGUGACAGCGAAGGCAGUGACAGUAAUCACUCAACAAGUGACGAUUAG